UGUUAGAUUUCAUUGCUUUGCCACUCUGUUUGUUUAUAAAGAGUUGAUCUUUAGAGUGAACCAACCUUUUGUAUGUUCUGUUUAUCUCUAAUUAUUAUUACAGUACCUUUUUUUAAAAAUUUAUUCUUGAACUUUUUAUUGUUAAAGCCCGAAUUUGAACUGAAUUACAAUGCAAUUCUGUAUUACGUGUACGGGGGUUCAAUUGAAUCCACUUCAUUGGAGAGUUACAAUGUGCAAAUUGGGUAAAAAAGUGUUCUUUUGUAUUUGUAGAUAAAUUGUUGAAUAUGUUUGAUAGCUAAGUGUAUUCACUUACUGUGCAAGUUUGCAUUUUUUGGGAAAAUUACGCUCUAUGUCUACUGGGAGAAAAUAUUUACGCCAUGUAGCCCAUAUUUUGAGUUUGUUACCCGGUUUAGCCCAUAUUUGUGUAUAAACACCUUUUUUUUAUACGCUUUUGUAUAAACACCUUUUAUACAAGGUUGAUACAUUAUGUAUAAUGCUUUCCCCCAGGUAUAAUGUAUAGAUAAAACAUAUAGAGUUACGUGGCAUAAUAUUUUAUGUUGGGCUGUAUAUUUUUGAAAAUUUCCCUUUUGUUUUUUUAAUCCCCUUGUUAGACUUCAUGGCUUUAUCACUCUGUGUGUAUAUAAAGAGUCAAUCUUUAGACUGGAAGCUAAUUUUUACUUGUUUCUUAAUACUUCAAUUGAAAUUAUCUAAUUAGCGAGUGCUUUGAUCCGAAAAAAGUACUAGGAGCUCGGUUAGAUUGAGCUCAGUUCUUGUUGUUAUUCACUAGCUGACAUAUGAAACCUAGUAAAAGCCAAGCCUUUUACAUCUUUGAGCCAGAAAAUCCUCAAAUCGUUUAGCUAGAGUCCUUUGUGUUCCAAACGAGGCGCUCAGCAGCAAUACAUAUAGAUUGAUAGGUAUAAAUAUCUGAAACCUUUGUGCAUUAAUUAGGGUUUGGUGUUUAGUAUUUAUGCAUAAAAUGGGAAACACAGAGAUUUGGUGCAAAAAAAAUGAAGGCACAGUGAAGCUUUCUCUAAAGUUUUAUGCUUUUGGGUCUUUACUCUUUUGGUAUGAUUCUUGAAGGAGAGAUGGAAUGAGGCUGUGAAGAAAUUUUUUACGUCGAAGUGAGAAUUGUUAUGAUCCAUAUUCUGGUGGGUAAAUGGCAUGAUCUUCAUUAAGGAGAAUCAGUGCCUGGUGAUUUACGGUGAGAGAGAUAGGAGAUAGAGGAGAGGAAAGGAGAAAAAACAGAAGAAAAUGAGCUUUUUUUCUAGUUCCACGUUCCUUCAAGGAGUGUUUUUCUCUGUCCAGCUCAAUAAAAUCGAUGCCACAUGAACAUGGUCAACGGUCAGAGGCGUUUAUUAAUAGUCAUUCCGCCAAGUAGAGUUGUUUAAAUGGAAAAAUUGGAAGUUGGGGGCCGGCUUAAAAAUUGGGUGCAACUGUAUUUUGUCUCAACUUUUAGCACCUUGGGAUGGCUGUGGGAUGAGGCAGGGGGGCUUCUUGAGCCUUAUCCUGAUUGAGGAAGAAGGAUACGACAGCCUUCACAAGUGUAAGGGAGAAUGACAAGUCUAGAGAUUAGAGUAUGUUUUGCAAUUAAGUGUAAAUAGUGUUUUGCAUCUAAGGAGGUGGGUUUCAACUGAGUAGUAUUAGGGGAGUUUUUAAUAGAGAAAUGACUUCUACUACAUAUUAUGGACGCUAUAUUUUCCAAUCUACCCAUCGCCUUACUGGUUUACGUGUAGCAAUUUUGUAACUUGAUUAUUAUGGCUGGUGAAUCUUUUCAUCCAUGAUUGUUAAGCCCAAGGAGUGGAAGCUGUACCAUAUUACAGGGUACUUGAGAGUUCAGUUUUAAUGUUGUCGUAUCCUACUCUAUGCACCCUUUUUUUCCAACAUUUGAAUUAGAAAUAUAAACCAAACAUUCUGGAUUUCUGCCUGAUUGUUACCUCCAGUCCAGCUUUAUAAGUACCUUUAUAUGUUUUAUCUACAAAUAACUUAAUUCAUUGGAUUGACAGUGUCAAGCUGAUAUAGCUUUGUAAGUCAACCUCUGGCAGUUGGAAGGAAGCAAUACUUGCCUUGUCGCAUGGAAUGGACAGAAUUAGCUAUGUCAAAACAGACAGCAACUGAAAGAAUAUGAGAGACAAGGAUCCAAAAUUGGGUACAAACAAAACUUCGUCUAUGACAGCUCAACCAGAAGGGCCAUCAAUCGACCUUGAGGAAUACUCUGCAUCAAAGACUCUGAUUCCUUUUGACCAACCAGUCCCUCUACUUCGAGGUCCCAUCAGGGCUGGCCCACAAGAAGAAACAGCUGGGCGAUUCAUCCUCGCAUUUAAAGACCCUAUCUCCUGGGCCUCUGCAUACAAAGCUUGUGAGUCUCAAGUUAUUCAACAAUGUGAAUCCGGAGCUAGGAUUGGUUGCUCCAUCGUAGCCUCAGACAAAUGUAAAACCCCUUGGUGGAAGUCAUUCCCUGGCAGUGCUUCCAAUCAAGACUUUGCAGAGAGGGCGAGAUGUGAAGAACGUGAAAUGGAGGCUUGCCUCGAA